CCCUACAGCUGCUGAACAAGGGAAACGCCGCCGAACCCACACAUUAUGUCCUCUGUUGAAUAGACGAGCUUUCACCACUCGGACGGCAGCUUUUUGUUUUGUUUGACAAGUCGUUCGCAUGUUUCCGGGCCCUGCGGCUUCUCUGCUAGCCUAGCACGCUAACGCCGGCCAGGGCCUCAGAGACGCUACAGCUAAGCUAGGCUAACAGAAGAGUGGAUUUACCUGCGAGGACCGCGGUCCUGGACGAGGAGAGGAAGGACAACACCGACAUGAGUGAAACAAGAACCAGAGUCCAGCUCUGAGCUCAAGAGGCAUGAACUCAGUUUCCCCCUGCACAGCCCAGUACAUAGGUGGAGUGAUGCAGGAUGAGCUGGUGGAGAACCGGAGGCAGCAGCAGCAGCAGCAGCAGCCCAUGGAGCGACAGGGCAGCUUUGGUCUCAGGCCGCCUCAGACUCCAGAUCCCGGCAGAGAGGCGGUCGGAGAGCCCGAUGAAAUUGACAAACUAAAAGCCAAACUGAUGUCAGCAUGGAACAACGUCAAAUAUGGUUGGACUGUAAAGUCUAAAACCUCCUUCAACAAGAUGUCACCAGUCUCUGUCCUGGGACACUCCUAUCUGCUUAACAGUGAGGACGAGGUGGAGCGCUUUCGUUUGGCUUUUGUGUCCAGGAUCUGGCUCACGUACAGGCGGGAGUUCCCUCCGAUGGAGGGUUCCACCUGGACCACAGACUGUGGCUGGGGCUGCAUGCUGCGCAGCGGCCAGAUGCUGCUGGCACAGGGACUCCUGGUGCAUUUGAUGCCAAGAGAUUGGGCGUGGCCAGAUGCUCAGCAGCUGACCGAUGUGGACUUUGAGGUGUUCAGACCAAACUCCCCAGCUCGGGCAGGUGGGGUCCCGAUCCCUUAUUUUGGGUCCCCACGAGGGUCUAACACCCCUGUGAAGUCCUUGCCAAGCGAUCAGGUCCCUAAAUCCAGCCAGAAGAAGAGGCCAGAGUGUGCAAGGGACAGACAAGCAGAGCCCAUCCACCAAGGGUUGGUCACGUGGUUCGGAGAUCAGCCCCUUGCACCUUUUGGAGUUCACCAACUGGUGGAAAUUGGUAAAAGUUCAGGCAAGAAAGCUGGUGACUGGUAUGGCCCCUCAAUCGUGGCACACAUACUACGGAAAGCAGUAGCCAAAACCUGUGUUGUCCAAAACCUGGCUUUAUAUGUGGCUCAGGACUGUACAGUGUACAAAGAAGACGUGGCUCGUCUAUGUGAUCCGUCACUAAGCCAGACUCCUCCUGAUCCAUCCAAUGAAACCUGGAAGUCUGUCAUCAUCCUGGUGCCUGUUCGGCUGGGGGGGGAGGCCCUAAACCCGUCUUACAUAGAAUGUGUCAAGAACAUUCUAAAGUUGGAGUGUUGUAUUGGAAUCAUCGGAGGAAAACCGAAGCAUUCACUCUACUUCGUUGGCUUCCAAGAUGAGCAGCUGCUGUAUCUGGACCCUCACUACUGCCAACCGGUGGUGGAUGUAACACAAGUCAACUUCUCACUGGAGUCCUUCCACUGCAGUUCCCCUAAGAAGAUGCCCUUCACCCGCAUGGAUCCCAGCUGCACCAUCGGCUUUUACGCCAAGAACAAGAAGGACUUUGAGUCUCUGUGUUCUGCUGUUAAUGUAGCCCUGUCGUCAACCGAGGAGAAGUACCCCAUCUUUACCUUCGUAGAGGGCCAGAGUCAGGACUACGGACUUGAGGGUCACAGCAGCAUUCACAGCGGACCUGCAGCCCUCAUCCUUCCCCCGGGCAAACUGGGCCGGAGUAACAACAGAAGAAACAGUGACGAGUAUGUCUUCCUCUAAGACUGAGGAGGAUGCUCCCCCAGCUCUUACCUGCAGGGGGCAGGAGAGAAACAGUUGAUUCCUUUUCGAAAGGAAGGACUUGUGUGUUUCCUUUGCAGCUGCAAGGUGGACAUGAUGCUUUUUGUACUUCAUCACUCUCACUGGUGAACAGACUGUGUGGCUCCUGUCAUUACCUCUGUAUAGAUGGGUAUUAUAAGCUAGUGGGUUAUUAGAGUCGGGUCCUGACUGGAGUAUACAAUUACUGGUAAAAUAACAGUUUGAAGUACUAGAAAUAUUCUUGAUUUAACUUCAUCAGACAUCUAAAAGAGAACUCAAAUUCAAGCGCUUUGAAGUGCUCAACUCAGUCCCACUCAACUACUGUGUGUCCUGGUCUGAACUGGACAAACUGGAGGAGAUAUGUGGUCUACAAAAUAUUUAAUGAGCUCACAGGUCUGGUGAAGGGCUGUCUGAUGUUGUAUUAUAAACCAACUGCUGUACAUUUCCUUUCUAUUUCAUCUAUUUAUCAGGUUUCAGAGUGUGUGUUAGCGUGUGUGUGAGUCUGAGGGUUUCUGUAGCUCAUUUGUUUUGUCUUUAGUAAGUGUACUGGUGUAUUUCAGAGUCACACUGCAACCCACAGAAGUUUCAGAUUCUUCCAAGAGCGUCUCGAACAGCGGUAAAUAAAUAAUGGUGUUGCAGACUGGCUCAUUAUGCCACAUUAUCCCAGGAGCCUCGAUCUCGUACUUUUCCAGCAUCUAGGUCUCCAGUAUUCAUCAUUAGGAUAAUGAAACAAGAUUAUGUUCCCGUUGCUUGAAGAGUUACAUCAGCUCCCAGAUCUCCUCAGUCAUGUUUAAAUGUUAAAUUGUGAUUUGGGUACAUUUGUAAAGUAAAACCCAGAACAGCUCUGUUAUGACGAACAGGUUCUGGGUUUUACCCGGUAAAGUCUGAACGCAGAACAGGGAUUUCGCCUGGAUCGUCAAGCUCCUGCUGCAAUGCCAUUUGUGUUUUGUUUGUCCCCUUUUUUACAUGAAGGCUACUACUGCAAGUUGCACUACUACUGUUGGUUUGUGUGCUGAUUAAACUUCAUACACUGGAAUCGCA